AUGGCGGAACCCGCAUCGUCAUCGUCGCCAGCAUCAUCAACAACAACAAACGAUCCGAAACUUUGUAUACGGACGUAUAGACCCACCGAUCGCGAAUAUGUCGACUACCUCUUUUACAGCACCUAUUUUGCGCUUGUCCCAGAAGGCGUCAAGCGCAAGCUAAUGUCGCCAACCACUUGGAUAAUUUGGAUUGCCGUGUACGCAUAUCUACUCGCGAUUGUACCGGUGCUGUUACAUGGAAUGAAUAUGCCAAGCUGGACUGGCAUUGCACUACGUAUCUUUUUCACCGUGAGCUGGGCACUCGUCGGUUUCUCAGCACUCUUUUUUCUGACCGAUCGUUUCGAAACCGUUGACCAAGUCGAGACAGUGCGACUAAACGACUUGAGCGACCCGGAAAUCUAUUAUCUUAAUUACAACAAGUACGAACAAAUUAAGCGCGUUACUUUUGACAAAGAUACCAAACCAGCAACUGAACUCGUGCGGGAACUACUGCCCGAAGAUGAACGGACACCAGGUCAUUUCUGGGUGCUCGAAGUGGAUGGGGCACCGUGCGGCAUAGUCGGAUUGGCCUGUUAUAAGAAACCCGUGAUGGAUGCAAGGCCGAUAAUGGGUCCUAGCUGGCAGCGGUUAGGUCGCUGGGUGUGUGAACGUUACCAUUUGUCGACGCCAAGUUUACUCGUUGCAAAGGAGUCGAAGCCUCGCGUGUUUGCUGAACCGUCGCCGCCACAUACAGCGACACUGCAGCGUAUGGCAGUGAAAUAUCAGUUCCAGGGAUGCGGAUUAGGCACGGUGCUGAUCAACCGUGCCAUGGUGUGGGCCAAUGACCACGAUAUCCACACAGUCAAUGCAGUGACAAACGAAUUGCAAGGCACAGCUGCUCAGUUUUUACAGAAGCACGGAUUCAGGAAGGUCAAAAAGGUCAGCAGUGGAUGGUUUGGACAAUAUGAAGCGCAUUGGUCUUGCAAUGUAAAGACAUGGAUGGAUGCACAACAACAACAACAACAACAAUAA